UAAUCGUCGUCAAUGUCCUGGUGGAUAUCCAUUAAUAAUAAAAAUAGAGGAAGAAAAAAAAGAAGAAGCAACUGUUAUUGUACAAACAAAUCUACAAAAACAAUUGUUGCUCUCUUUGUUACAUAAAUUAGAUUGGCAAGCACUUGUACAAACUGCUGCAGACCUCGGUAUCGAUUUGCCUCCAACUGUUUCUGAGAGCGACAAAGAUGAUGAACAUUUCUUGAGGGCAUUCCAAUCAGCAGUCCUAGACUUGGAUAUAAUGGAGGGGAAAUUGAUUUGCCCAAAAUGCCAAAGAGAAUAUCCUGUCAGCAAAGGCAUACCUAAUAUGCUCCUGCAGGAUGAUGAGGUGUAG